ACAAGAAAAGUAUUGAUCUUUGGUAGUACUAGCAGGCAACCAAGAUCUCAUACAGUAGUAUACGGCAAGAUUCGAAAUCUAACAAAAAGCAUCCAGAUCACAGCCUCAGAAGAUCUUGCACUGUACUGUACUUAACAAUAUGAUCUCAUUUCAGCUGAAGGCUCGAAAUGGGCAGAAAGAUUGCUGUUAGCUUUCCCCCACAAAGAAAAGCUCUUCUCGCUCUUGGUAUGGCGUCCCCACAGACAGGCAGCAUCGAAGUAGCAGAAGAAACAAAGUAUAUAAUGAGAGCACAACUCGCCAUCGGAAAAGGACAUUCUCCAGCGUGCUGUAUAUUGGUUCUUAAUCAAUGCCUGGUACCAUUCCCCCAAAAACAAUAGUGCCUAUAGUGCUGCUGGCCACUGGCCAACUUCUUUUGACUUUCAUACUGAGCCCUGAAAUGCAUCUUCAUCUUGACUUGCUUCUCCUCUGACCUCCAACCAAUCCAGUCCCGAGUAGCACCCUCCCUCGUUAAACCACUCUCAGCUCAGCUCCACCGCUGGAGGAACACCCGGAAUAGUGCUAAGAUCUGAGUGGAGCAGACAGGUCUCUCAGGCCAGCAGCGGGGGGAGAGCUUAGCCAGCAGCAGCAGCCAUGAGUGCCAUGAAGUUUUGCCGUGAAUGCAACAACAUACUGUAUCCCAAGGAGGACAGGGACCAGAAGGUGCUCCUCUUCGCCUGCAGGAACUGCGACCACCAGGAGGUCGCAGACAACAACUGCGUCUACCGGAAUGUGGUGCACCACAGCGCGGGAGAAUUCACCCAGGUGCUCCAGGACGUUGCCGGUGACCCGACACUUCCCCGCACCAAGGAAGUCCGAUGUGCUGUCUGUGGCCAUGGUGAAGCUGUCUUCUUCCAGGCCACCGCCAGGGGGGAGGAAGGAAUGACGCUGUUCUUCGUCUGCUGCAACCCGAGCUGCGGUCAUCGGUGGAGGGAGUGAGAUGUUAAUGCAGCUGAGCAAAGAAUUCCACUGAUGCAACAGUCAGAGAGAGAUGAUUUUUCUUCCCAAGAGAUCUUUUUGCAGAUUCCAUGUUUCAAAUACAUUGCGGCAUCACAUCAUUAAUAACUUCAGGAAGAAUAAAAUUGAGUCCAUUGGGGUAAAUAUCCCUGUGGUCGAUUGCAAGAUUGGAUGAGGACGAUUUUGUUGGUGUUUUGUUUCCUUCGAAUUUUUCUGUAGCUUCAGCAGUGAAUCUUGAGAACAAAUCAUGUUCUGUAUUUUCAUUAGUUCAAGAACUUCAAUAACUUUCAUUUACAUUUGCUGUUAUUUUUUA